AUGCUGCUGCCGCUGCUGCGGAGUAGUUGCUUCCCUUCCUCCUCCCCCGGCGGCGGCGGCGGCGGCGGCGGCGGCGGCGGCGGCGAGGCGGACGCGGGGAGCCGGCCGGCGGCGCAGCUGCAGCGCGGAGCCCGCGGGCCGCCGGGGCCGCUCGGGCGCGCGCUCGCCCAGCCCGUGGCCGACCCGCGGCGCGCGGCGGAGGCCGAGGGGGAGCCGGGGCCCGGGGCGCGCGGCGGGCAGCGGGCCGCGCGGGGGCCGCAUGCGUGCAUGGAUCCGGGCGGCGCGCUGCAGAGGCGGCCCGCGGGCGGCGGCGGCCUGGGCUCGGGCUCCCCGGCGCUGUCGGGCGGCCAGGCCCGCCGGAGGAAGCAGCCCCCCAGACCGGCCGACUUCAAGCUGCAGGUCAUCAUCAUCGGCUCCCGCGGCGUGGGCAAGACCAGCCUGAUGGAGCGCUUCACCGACGACACCUUCUGCGAGGCCUGCAAGUCCACCGUGGGUGUUGACUUUAAAAUCAAAACCGUAGAGCUAAGAGGAAAGAAAAUUAGAUUACAGAUCUGGGACACAGCAGGUCAGGAGAGAUUCAACAGCAUUACCUCAGCCUAUUACAGAAGUGCCAAGGGGAUCAUACUGGUGUAUGACAUCACGAAGAAGGAGACAUUUGAUGACUUGCCAAAGUGGAUGAAGAUGAUUGACAAGUACGCUUCAGAAGACGCAGAACUUCUCUUGGUGGGAAAUAAGUUGGACUGUGAAACGGACAGAGAAAUCAGCAGACAGCAGGGAGAAAAGUUUGCACAGCAGAUAACUGGGAUGCGGUUCUGUGAAGCAAGUGCCAAGGAUAACUUCAAUGUGGACGAAAUAUUUCUGAAACUUGUUGAUGACAUCCUGAAGAAGAUGCCUCUGGACGUGCUAAGGAACGAGCUAUCCAACAGCAUCCUCUCACUGCAGCCGGAGCCCGAGAUCCCCCCAGAGCUGCCCCCGCCCCGACCUCACGUCCGGUGCUGUUGACGUGCUACGUUGGAGACACAGCGGUGGCGGUUCCUGGACAGGGAAGUGUUUCGUUCUGCACUACAAUCGUUUCGACAAUUUCUUUUCGCACUUUGUAAUCCAAGUCAGAGCUAUACACUAACUUGUAAAUAUGCAAAUAUGCAAUCCUGGGUAAGUUUCGGUUAUGAAUUACAUGCUUCCCUCCAAAUUGUUAUAUUUCAUUCAUGAUCCCAGUGCCUCAUCUGUGUACACUGGGAGACAGUAGUACUUCUAAUAUGAAGAGCAGGAGAAAUGAGAGCUAUAAUGUGUCUUGAAGUAAAUAAUAUAAUUGUCCUUGUUAAUUCUCUUAUGAGGACAGAAGAUAGUCUGAAAAGAAAGAAUGUGGUGCUUUGCUUACCGUUUUAAAGAAAAUUCAUAAAACUAAAGACUUUUUGGGGGAAAAAAGCUAUCUUGAAAGCUUUUUCUUUAUUUACAUUUCUCCCAGCUGUAGCGCCUUUGAGGUAUUGGAGUGUCUCCCACAAAGCAAAGCUCCAUCUGUAGCCGUCUCGAAGGUUAUUUAUUCACCUCACAUACCAGUAGAACUGACUAGUUGAGGGGCAGGACUUGACUUGAUCUGAGCCGAAGAAUCUCUCCGGUUUCCUAAUGGACGAGUCCUGUGCUUUUAAGAACUACAAAGAUUCAAAAAAGAAACGUUUUUGAAACAAUAGAAGAUUUGAAAUGAACGCUGCUGUCCUAAACCAAUCCUGUUUAAAGGAAUUUUAAAGAGAUACAUUUUACUAUAUCAGAGAACACACAUGUAUUUGCCUAAACCUUCUCUAUACCUUUGUAAUGAUGAAACUUCCCCCUUGAUGGUGAAGCUUACUCCUAUAUAAGCCUGGACUGUGUUCUUUUUUUCUUUUUUCCUGGUCUGAUAAUGGAUUUGUGAACUCUAUCUUUGGCAGAUCUUCCUUUAUUAAACUGCACUGUUUAGUCAAGGUGAAUAAGUCAUUAUGUAUUUGAAUAACUUGGCGUGUCUUGAGUGUCGUGAUAUGAAAAGCAUUGUGUUUCUACACUAAUGAAGUGCAAAUAAAAUUUUGUAUUUAUGAAUGACA